AGACAAAUAAAGAAAUAUAUAAAAAUGAGAUAAAUAAAAAACAAAAACAAAAAAAUGAAAGAUAAAAAAAAGAAAAAAUCUUAUACCACACUUAUAUUCUAAUACUCGUAGAAUUUAUAUAUUUAAUAUUUAUUUCUAAUGCGAUCAUAUGAUGAAUUAUUAUAAUAAUAUCGUUUUAUACGUAUAAUUUUUCUUUGAUACCUCCUCGGUAACCAAUGGUACCAUGCGGUGAUACUAAUUUUCUGUCGAUUACUAUGGUAACGAUAAUUACAUUAUUUACAUCGUGACACAUGCUACUUUGUCUCUAAGUAAAUUUCAAUCGAAUCAAGAGCGAGGAGUAAGUUGUUACUCUCUUUAACUUCUUUCAUUUCUAUUGAUUAUUAUUUAAAAAUAAAUAAAAAUCUUUUUACAAAUUGAAUCUAAUCAGAAGGAUGGAUAUUAAACCGCUUGAUAUAAUUGGAAUAAUAGGAUUUGAUGGUGUUACGAAAAAUGCAUUAAGAUUGCAUCCCGAUCAAGAGCAUAUGAUUUAUCCGAUGGGAAACAAAGUAACGAUAAAAAAUGUAGUCUCCAGUGAACAAUCCUUUUUAACCGGACAUACAAAUUUAAUUUCUGCGGUAUGUGUUUCUCCAUGCGGUAAUUUUGUGGCUUCUGGACAGAUAAAUCAUUUAGGAUUUAAGGCCAUGGUCAUCGUUUGGGAUUAUCAUAAUCGUACUGUAAAAAGUAGUUAUGAAAUUCAUAAGGUAAGAGUCGAAGACGUUUGCUUCACAUUGGAUAGCAAUUAUUUGAUAAGCCUUGGUGGGAGAGACGAUGGUAACGUUGUAAUAUGGGACGUACGAAAUAACGACGCUAUGUGCGGAUCAUUUGCGAGUAAUGAAAUAGCUGGUAACACUUACACAAUAACAAGAAUGAAUAAACACGAAGAAUGUUUUCUUACUGCUGGUGAUAGAACCCUUAAAGUUUGGCGAAUCGAUUCGAAAAGAAGAAAGAUAUAUGGCGUAAACGUAAAAGUAGGAAAAUUAAGACGUUCGAUAAACUGUAUCGUUAUAAAUGAAAAUGAUACUUACGCAUAUUGCGGAACAUCCUCGGGUGACAUUAUAAAAGCAAGAUUGAAUUAUCGUUCCGAAGAUGAAGAACAAGCGGAAUCGGUGAUGAUAGGUUGUUAUUCGAAGAUGUACAAAGGAUUGAAAAAAGUGAAUCAAGCAAAGGGCGAAAUAGAAUGUUAUGCUGGUGGAGUUGAGAAACUUUUGCUUCUAAAUGAUGAGAAAAUGAUUGUUGGUGCAGGUGAUGGUACAGUCGAGCUAAUCGAAAUUAUGGAUAUAGAUUUUAGUAAGAGCAAGUUCGCCAAACUACCGAGUACACCGCAAAUCAAAACUCAUCUUGUAGAAAAUGUCUGUGGUACUGUGACGUCAAUGUUAUUAUACAAGAAUGAUUUUAUAUUGGUUGGAACUGCCCUAAGCGAGAUCUAUCAAAUAAGAUUGGCCGAUUUCGAUAUGAGACUUCUUGUAACUUGUCACAACAGUUCCAUAUAUUCCGUCGUAUUUCCUUGGAAUUAUUCUGAAAUAUUUGCAACAGCUGGAAAAAAUGAUAUUAGAUUGUGGAGAUUAGAAACGCAAAAGGAAUUGCUUAGAAUUUCUGUACCUAAUUUUGUCUGUAGCUGUUUAUGCUUCUCUCAUGAUGGACGAAUGAUAAUUUCUGCAUGGAAUGAUGGUAUUGUAAGAGCGUUCACACCGCAAAGGGGUAAACUUAUCUUCACUAUCCAUAAUGCUCAUAUAAAAGCUGUAUCGGCAGUCGUGAUAACGGCAGACGGGAAAAGAUUAAUCAGCGGGGGUUGCGAUGGACAGGUACGUAUAUGGGACAUAAAACCCGAUGUACAACGACUUGUCUCAAUUUUGAAAGAACAUAGAGGACCCGUAACGUCAUUGUGUAUAUCCUCUAAUAAUGAGGAUUUGAUUAGUUCGAGUACGGAUGGUACUUGUAUAAUAUGGGACGUAAUACGUUGCGCGAGGAAGCAGGUUUUAAUGGGCAAUACGAUGUAUAUGGCCGCAUGCUUCAGUCCCAAUAGCAUACAAAUCUUAACUUGCGGUACAGAUCGUAAGAUUGGCUAUUGGGAAACGUGGGAUGCUUCGUUGGUUCGUGAAAUCGAGGGUUCUACCUCAGGAUCAUUGAAUUGCAUAGACAUUAGUCCUGAUGGACAAUACUUCGUCACCGGCUCGAACGAUUGCAUUGUUAAGCUCUGGGAAUAUCAUACGGCCAAUGUCACGCAUAUUGGCAUAGGUCAUGCAGCGAUAAUAACAUCAUGUAAAUUUAGCCCCAACGGCGAACAUAUGGUUUCGGUGAGCGCCGAUGGUGCUAUCAUCAUUUGGAAAUCCCCAUUUACAAUGGCACGUGUGAAAACGCCAUCCGUCAAAUCAAAAUCAUCGACUGCACGUACAGCAACUGUUAAGCCAGAGGAAUCUGAAGUGAAAUGCGACAAUUUAAAGCUGGACGAUUUAGAAGGAGAGCAUGUCGCUGGUAUAAACCAAAUGGAUGAGACUGCUGAAAGUGUUAGGACUACAUACCAUGGCGAUGAUCAGCCACAGCCAUGUACACGUGAUCCAGCUGGUAUACCUUCACCAGUUUGCUCGUGCAUCAAAGACAAGGAUACAACGUCGGUUGGUAUAAAAAGCAAUUGA